AUGCAAACCUCAAGAAUAGAACUAGUUCGCCUCACUUCAGACCACCUCCCCGGGUACCACGCAAUCUGGUCCGACCGCGUCGCAACUCGCUGGAGUCCUCACGGCCCCUGUUCGACCCUGGAAGAUAGUAAAGAGUGGAUGUCCCCCUUACUCCCAGAAACCAACGCUAAAGGGGACAAUUACGCCGUUCUACUCCGGACACCCCUCGCUCCUGAAAUUAUCAACUCGCGCGGUCUGGCCGGUGACGAGGUUCUCGUUCCUGGUGGCUUUCUGGGAUGGGUCGGGACGUGGAGGUCGGAUCCUGUUCCUGAGGUGGGAUUGAUUUUCCAUCGGGCGUGUUGGGGACUGGGCUUUGCGACGGAGGCGCUAGAGGCGUUUUUGAAGGUGUUCUGGGCGAAUCGGCCUGAGUUUGAACUCUUGGAUGCUUGGUGUGAUACGGAGAAUAUUGCUUCGCAGAAUGUGUUGAAGAAGUGUAGGUUUGCCCUGGUGGAGUCUGUUACGGGGGAUUAUACGUUGCCAUGGAUGGUGCCCGCUCUGAGGAGUAGUUUGAGGUUUCAGAUUAGGAGAUCAACGAUUAGUCCUGGUGGUGUGGGGAAAGAGGACUAG